CAACGAACUGAGAAUGCAGGUGGCGUGUCAGCUGGAAGGCCUCACACACCCGGAUGUGAUCAUGCGACAAUGGCAGCCUUCUGAGCCGCAUGGAAGCGAGGCAAACCGCUAAUGGCGCCCAGCCUAACUACCAGGCCGUCCCCCCUUCCCUCUCCUCGCCUCUCCGUCCCGAAGAGCCAUCGCCCCCUCCUCGGCGUGAGGUGCGGCUCCGGCUCGCCCGGAAGUGGCGACGACGGCGCACCGCCGGUCGUCAGGGCGGCGGUUAGCGCCGUCACCGAGCUCCUCAGGGCCUUCUCUCCCAAGAAGCCAAGCCCAGCUGUUGAAGCCGUCGACGCAGAGUCGGAGUCGCCUCGCAGCGUCGACGACGUGGUUGCCGUUCUUGAAGCCGACUACCGGCGUGCUUAUUUCCUUACUGGGAACUUCACUUUGGGCAUAUAUGCUGAAGAUUGCUUGUUUGAAGAUCCGACGAUAAAGUUCCGUGGAAGGUCUAGAUACUCCCAGAAUCUAGAUUUGCUAGUACCCUUCUUCGACAGCCCUUCGCUCCAACUUGAAAAUAUAGACAAGCCCGCGCUUUUUGGCUGCUCGCUGCAACUUCUGAAAACAUGCAUGCAGGGCUUGAGGGUCGACACGAAGUUUAUCAUAGCAUCAUGGACGUUAAGGACAUAUCUGAGGCUCCCAUGGAGGCCCCUCAUCGCCAUAAGAGGGAACACAACCUACGAUUUAGAUGAAGAAUAUAAGGUCGCACUACGUUUCAGGUCGUUAGGCACGCAGAGAGUUGGGACGUCUCUGCAUUGGAGGCGAUCGGACAGUUAUUCGUCUCGGCUCCGAAGCAAAAGGGCAGCUGAGCUGACAAGUGAACCUUGGCCACCUGACAAUCUAUAAUAUCACGAAACUCAUGAUUACGCUUGUGUACUUGUCUAAUUCUGCACUUAUAGAUACUAGAUAAGCGGAUAAGGAUUUUUAAAGUGCAACAAAUGGUGAUGCGUUAUGAACGAUUUUGAAAGCGAACACCGAUGAUAAAUAACCAUUUAGAUUCCUUA